CCCACCUUCUUGUGUUCUGCUCUGCUGUGUGGUUCGUAGUUGGUACAACAUCAAAUCUUUAGCCCAGACCCUCUCAAUCUCUUUUUUUGCGCCUUUAUACACCGACACUCAUCGUCGCCGGAAUCCUCAACAUCACUCGCCAAUUGACAAAAUAGGGUGUUCUUGAUAAAAGAAGAAGCAAUCAUGGAUGCUAUCACUCAAUUGCAAAGACAAUUUGUCGAAUACACAACAUCUUUAUAUCGUGAGGGGUAUCUUGAUGAUCAAUUUACACAGCUUCAGAAACUGCAAGAUGAAAGCAACCCAGAUUUUGUUGUUGAAGUCGUGACACUUUUCUUUGAAGAUUCUGAAAAGCUUCUCAACAAUUUGGCUACUGCUCUUCAGCAGGAGAAUAUUGAUUAUAAACAAGUAGAUGCUCAUGUGCACCAGUUUAAGGGUAGUAGUUCCAGCAUAGGUGCACAACGAGUGAAGAAUGUUUGUGUCGUUUUCAGAAAUUAUUGUGAUGAGAAAAAUCUUGAUGGGUGUGUCCUAUGUCUGCAACAAGCCAAAAAUGAAUACAUCCUUAUAAGGAACAAACUCGAAGCCUUGUUCAAUCUUGAGCAACAAAUCUUGCAAGCGGGUGGAUCAGUGCCUAUGAUGGCGUAGGUAUAGAGGUUAUGUAUGAAACUAUGAUCGGGAAAUUGUGAAUAAUGUUGCUCUUUUUGUUUUUUUGUGUGGAGACAUAAAGUUUACUUGCUUAAGAGUAUAAGAUUCACGAUGUUUGAUCUCCAUAAUAAUAUGUUUUAUGCUUUUCUCUUGAUAUUUUUCUCAAAAGAUUGUGUGUGUACGAUAUUCUCAU